UUAUACCAUACGGAGGCCGACCUAAUAUCACCUCCCGUCGACAACUCGCAGUGAGGAGUCCCUGACUGAGAAAGGAGAGAGAGACAGAGAGAAAGAGAGCGACAAAAAGACUCGUUCAUUCUGAUUAAGUGAUAUCUAUUACGCCUAGCAUACACACACAGUAGCUGACUUGACUUGGUGCUUCGUGUAACUUUUUUCCCUUAACCUGUCUCAGUAUUUUUACUGAAAGCGGAUUCUUGUGUGAAGAGAGGUACCGUUUGAACAGAUACUUUGGUCGUCGCCAGAACGUUUGUAAAAGCUUUGCAAAGACUCUUUCACCUGUUCUACUCCGUGGAUUUGCGUCUGAACAUGAACAGCGUCAUGUGUACUAUGCUGAAAGCGUGGGCCUUCAUCGCCCUCCUCGUAUGCGCCGGGCUCCUCAUCACCGUCGACGCAGCGCCCUCCGUCAGUCGUAACGAAGGCCUGGCCGCCUUCAGGAGGAGUCUCUACGGCGCCGGGCCCGAACGUCGUAUGAACAACCAAUGCUCAAACGAUAACGAAAAACAAUAUAUGUGUGAGAUGUGCGCAAAGGAGACGAAAUCGCCGCAGAUUUACACCCUCUGCUGCACCGGCGCCGACAACGCGCAGAACUGGUGUCAAAGUUUCCUGCUCUACGGCAUCAACAGCCUCUGAGGUCUCUUCGCCGAGACGCCCAGGCAGUCCGAAAAUGAGGAUACCGUAACUCUUACUAUUCUUAUUCCUGACCCUGUCAUUCAUGCCGCUGCUGCACCUCUGGAAGCUCUGACUCUCGCCAUCAUCAUCACCAUCAUCCUGCUUCUGAACUGGAUUGACCUGACGCGCUUGGAAGCCGAGAAGAGGAAUUUCGUUGCUGAAGUUGCCACUCUGUCCCUUCUGGUAAAUUUUGGUUUCUUUGUAGGUUAGUGAAAAAGUCGUAACAGAGCAAUUGUACCAAAACCGAUAAGAGAGGCCCCUUAAAAAAAUUCAUUAUUCCCACUAGAAAUCAUCUCAGGAAUUGCCAAAAAGGCAAAUUUGUUUUGUUCCCAGGGUAAUAGUUAAUGAUCUUAAUUUAAGAAGUAAUAAUCUACUGAAGUCCUCCUUCCCCUUGGUUCACUUAUGGCCAUGGCUACAAUAUGUCUGUGGGUGACAAUAAGAACCAAGAGGAUAAGAUUUUACUUUUACAGUUAUCUACUGUGGGAUGGACACUUUGAAUAAGGAGAAAUUUGUCUUUAGGUUAAUGACUGACCUACAGAAAACAAUUUUUUUUUUGCAAGACUUGGGCAGAGACAACUACUAAGGAACUGACACAUCCUGGCGAGGGAAAUAUUGUUUAACGGGAGUUCCAGUGCCACAAUUCAGCCAUAUCCAAUGGAAGAAAGCGAGGAAGAGCAAUAAGAGCGCCCUGCCCUGCAUUUAAAGAUGCAUCUUGACAGAACAGACAAAGGGCUGACAUAAAAUUUUGUUUUAAAAAUCAGGAGUUUUCUGUUUCAGCAUGACAAAUCACUUACGUAGGUGCCUCUUAAUGAUAAGUGAAGUCUGGCAUAUCUUGAAUGGGAGGAAAUUAGUGUCGGGACACUUUUCAAGAUUAAAGUCACAUUGAUCACACUAAUUCCAAACAAAAUAUUAAGAUAUGGAAAAUUGUGAUUAACAAUCGCAUUGCUACUGUUCAGACUUGAAAUAUGAGAGGCCCCAAGUACCACUGAGCAGUUUAAAAGCUUAGAUUCUUAAUUUGCAUGCAAAUCUCAAACUCUGCUAACGAUUUAUAUCCAAAUAAGCCGACAAAAGUCUUUGAUGUCUUUAGGAAAAAAAUAAAAAAUAAAAUAAAAAAACUUUGGGACAGAAGACUGCAAUCAUAAUCACAUGCUUGGAGAACUCGCCUGAUCAGCAGUUUAAUCAUCUGAAGAAUAAUAACUAUCGUACUGCGUUCUCAAUGUCUUAAGAGUACAUCAGUUACUGGUUCCAACAUGACGUUUUAUUUGUCAUUAGCAAUACAUAGAUCUCAUUUCCAAUUUGUUUUGAUGAGAAAUAGCAACAAAAGCAAAGGAAAGAAAAUAAAACUUGAUAACUGGACUCUGCACUUAGGAAGACGUGGAAAAUGUUUAAGGAAACGUAGUUGUGAGAAAGGAAGAGGCUGUAAGCACAAGCACUGCUCUGAAAUACGGGAACUCAAUAACCAAACAAUUUCCAUUCAGUACACUAUAUUCCACAAGCAAUGAAAAAUAUGAAUAACUUAUGAAACAAGCGCGAGACAAGUUUUGGGAUCACUGUUAGUUCAUUCCAGUGCUUUGGCGAAGUGGGCAGCUAGCAUAUGAAGCUGCACCUGAACGAAUUCUACAACAACCGUGAACAGAAGACAAUCACUGUUUCCAGCAAGAAGAAAUCUUCUCACCAGAGUGGUCUUCCACACGGGCCAGCUAUGAACCUAAAGACAAACUGAUGCGUGCGUUUUGGACAAUCACACACAUUUGCCUUUAUGAACAAGUCUUUUCUCCUUACCUUAGUACUAGGAAAUAAUUUUGUUCAAGUAAGUUCCAUUUUCUUCAGUCCUUUCUCCUGAAGCAUGAUGAUAUAUAGAGCCGUCUUUUGCAGUAUGCCCCCAGCUAACACCGACUUCCUCCUGAGAGCUGCUUUUCCCCAGCUUAAUCAACAUUUGUUUUUUUAACUAUUCAGUUUUCAUAAUCUGGCAUUUCAUUUAGUAAUUAUAUAAAUGUACUUUAACUAUGAAGACAAAAGUGUCAUCAAACAGAAAUAGACGGGGUCUUCUUCAAAUGUCAUAAAGACAGAAUUUUCAAAAUGAUUAUUCGGGCAGUAAUUAUGCUCCAACAUUGAACGUAUUGAAAGUAUUGACUAAUUAUAUUCGAAACAUGGCAGUGAAUAGUGUAAACUAAAUAUGGAAAGUGAAGUCAAUCUCUCAGAAACGAAUGUACCCAGGAAGAAGGUGACUUUGAAGAGAUAUGAAAGCAAAAGGGGCCUCUACCUGAAAGGAAUUCUGAGUGCUCCUUAUGUUAUUAAAGGAAGGAAAGAAGAUUGAAAGAAAGAAUACCGUGUAUUAUCAAACCUGUAGAAAUCGCUGAGGCGGAAGUCGUUAGAUAAUUUUAGUACACAUGGGGUGAAAGGAAAUAUCUCAUCUUUAAAAAAAUAUAUAAAAAAAAUGACAAAACUUUUUUUUAAUGUUGGUUACCUAAUAAGCUUCGCAUAAGGAAACUUAGUUAUACGUGUCCGUAAUUAUUGUUAAAUCGAAUGGAAACGCCUACUCUAAGAAGCGUCUAUAUAAAGGACCUGUAAAUUUGUGAUAUACCUGUAUACGAUGUUGCACUCUGGUGUUUUUAGAAAAGCGGAAAUGUUACACGAGGCCAAAAAUGAUUGCACAAGUCAUUACGCAGUAUAAAGGAAAUGUUUGGUGCUUUACUGUGAGUGGCCAAUACAGCCUUAGUUGAGAUCAAUGCAGAAUUCUUAUCUUUAGUUGUUUUACCCUCUAGUAAAUUAUUAUAAAUGACAGUGUAUUUAUCCACAAAUAUAUUCUGAGGUUGUGAGGCAGCUGUGUAAAAUGAAAGUCUAUAUUCAAAAGGCAAGGAGAGUGAGAGCUAACAGUUGAAUUGUGAGCUUUCUGUGACAAUUCUUUCUAUAGAAAAAUCUGAAUAUUUUGAUUUGAAGCUAAAUUUGAUGAUUUUUAUGAAUGAAAAGUUAAUUUUCGUAUUUUCUAAAAUACGCUUGUAUUUCGUCCUCUAUAUUUCAUAUGCAUUCAAUCCAAACCUACUCUUGCAAUAUUUUUCUUACCCUUUUCUUGGUUACAUUCAGGACUUAGAGACCUCCUUUCAUAAUGAAGAAAAAUGGUCAUCCCAAAUUAACGCAGGCUGGGCUGAAAUGAGAGACCCAGUCCAAUAGAAAAUGGGCUUUAGUGCGGGCUAACAAAGGAAUAUUGGAUCCACCCCUCUCCCUCUUGUUUCAUUAAAUAUGUUAUAAAUAAAGCGCAGGGUAAAAUAUUUUUUACUUAAAGAUUAAUGAUCAAAAAAGGGGUCUGAAGUCACGAAGGCCUACUGUUUCCUCUCACAAAACAUGAAACUCACACUUAUGCGGUAUCUAAAUAAAAAAAUAAAAAUCUGCAGUGAAUGAGGAAAACUAUCCCAGCUUUCUGGUGGCCAAAAGCUUAGGGAUAAGAAGUAUCACCUAUACAUCCUGUAUAUAACGUAGGAGUUUUGAAGCCUACAGGAAAGUAAUCUUAACUACAUGCUUCUUUUUCUACAGUAUUACGUUUAAGAAAGUUUAUUUUUGAAAAGAAUGACUUUCCAGACUUGAGAUACAAGAAGCAACGCUUUCAUUAUAAUGAUGCUAUUAGAUUUACUUAACUAAUACUGAACGACUUACGUUAACUGUUAGUCACAAUGAAUACUGUGUUCACAUUGUUUGUCAUAAAAGAUGCAGCGAUUUUCCGCAGUUCCGGACACCUUUAGAGAACUACAACAGACUCGAAAUUCACUCUACUCUACCGUACCUCUUUUUAGUUGUCCCCAAAUUCACUUGAAACCGUAAAUUCAAGUGAUCCUCGCUUGAGUAAACCAUUUAAAAUAUCUGUAAUGUUUCAGUUUGAUUUCUAAUAACUACAAUGCAGGAAAUGAGCACCUUAUUCCUUUUUCAUUCGCGUGACACUCAACAAGAUUUCUGGAAAAAUACACUAGUUAUGGAUUCAUCAGUUACGUAUUCAACAAGAAUUUGUUGAUUUUGUUAAGAAACCUUGACCAGGCCACUGUCCCAAGGAUAAAGUAAAACGUAAGGAAGGCAGAAAGGUUGAAGGCCGCGUGGAAAUCUGUCACAUAAACACCUUUAUCAAGUUAAGAGGAAUGAAGGUUUAAGGAGAAACUUCACAUGUUUGCUUAAUUUGACAAUUCCUUGAAGCAUAACAGUAUAAACAAUUCUAAUUUGCACUUCAAUAAUUAGAGUGUGUAGUUCUUCGCAUGAUUCGAACAUGGUUAAACAUUUAGUGACGUGUAAGAAAGCAAUAUGCAACAGAAUAUUUUCUUUAUGUGUAUACAAUAUUUCCAGUGACUCAACAAUGUUAUGAUUUUCAAGGCUAUGAGUACCACUACCCAUACAGAGAGUACUUCCCGGGAGACUGAAAUGGUAAAUAGGAAUUAUUACGUGAAAAUUAUAACUGAUCUGAGUGUUAACCAACCCUGUGAGAGCUAUAGGACUUUUGACACAAUCGUCUGGUUAAAAUAUUUGAAUAACAGGAUUCAUAACAAAAGUAAACUCAGUGUAAAUCCAUUCCAGGAAAGUAAAUAUGCUCAAUGAAAAGCCUGAGAGGAUUUGGGGAAUUAACUUAGUUCAAGUCAUUAUUGAAAUCAUUGCAACAUGAGUUAGUGGACUAACAUAUUACAUUUAAAUAUUCUGGCUCAUUCAGUGACUGACAAACAAUCGACUGUAGGGAUUAUUAAGGAGGUAUAUUAGGAUCAGCUGAGGUCAAGUAAGGUCACUUGGAGCAUUUCAUUAUAUGUGUAUAGAAUAGGUUUCAGGGUAUAUCUUUUCACCCAUAGAUCACAUAUUGAGAGUGCAUACUGUGCACACAUACAUACAUAUAAAUAUGUAUAAUAUGUAUUUAUAAUACACACACAAACAUACACUCACUCAAACACUUUAGCAUCAUUCAUUUUUCGGUUAUUCAAUUCGAUCAAAUGUGGUCGAAAUCACAAAAAGGCAACAGCUUUCUUCAUAAACUGUAUUCCCACAGAAAGCAAACUUUAUUAAUCAGCAGAAUUCUUCUUAAAAACGGAAACGUUAAUGAUAACCUAUUUGAGUUAUUAGCACUUGUCCCUUUCAAAAUUACUAAAAAAAAACAUGGCCAUCGAUCAAAAUAAACGUAAUUAUAGCAGAUCUUUGAAAUCCUAUAAUUCAAACCUGAUUAUAUGUAAUGUUUUAUUUGAUUGAAAAUCUAUGAAGUAAUGCUUCGUAGAAAUGGCAGGCAUUAAUUAUUCUUAUUUCUGUAGCAUAUUAUUCUGACUUUGAUUUAUUACUACAAUGUUUGCUAUCACUAUUAAACUAAUUAUUCUUUCACAUUUAUUUACGAAACAAUAUUUAUGUUAAGGAAUGUAAUGAGAGAAAUCGCUGCAUCUUUUAUCUUUUAUAUAGUUUAUGUAUUAACCCAUUUUAUGUACAAAUCAGAUGUCUCUAUUUUACAUACGUUCAAUUAUUUAUUUCCCUGAUUUUGUAUUUAUUGUGUCUGUGAUGUAAUGAUUUAUCCCUAGUGAAAAAAAUUUGUAUCCACUCCUUUACUAAUAAAAAUUAACUAAUGGU